AUGUCGGUCACACAACCAGGAGGCCCUACCGGGACCACACCGACUCUCGGACCCGUCGCAGGCAUGUCAGAACCGGUUGUGGACGGCUCGGGAGGGACGAGGAACACUUCGGGCCUUUCUCAGCCGGACGCGAGGAAUGAGGGUGCAGGUGGUAAUGUCAUUGUCGAUGUGCAGAAACCGCAUGAGGCGCUUGCGACGAGGUCUCAGACGCCUCAUGGGGAAAGCAGCGAGCCGAAGAAGUCCGAGGGUACUCAAAUGAACACAGAGGCUCGUUGGGACGACUUGUUCAAAGGCACAGGCGAGCAGGCGGUAGCGACAGACCAGCUAGACAACAAGAACGACGUCAAGUCCAGAUGGCAACGCGCCGUCAAAGUCGCAGCUCGGCUCCAAGCGGGAGAUGCGAUCCACCCGUCCGAGCACGAUGCCAACGCCGAAGCGGGCCCAUCCCGUGCCUCCCGGCCUCAGCUGGACGAGAAGACCAAGAAGGCUCGGAAGGCGAGGUUCUGGGGGAAAUUGACGGCUCCGACUGGGAAACCGAGGGAUGAAGGGGAGGAGCUGCCUUUCCAGAGUAAGGCGUUAGAGCAGCAGCACUGGUUGGAGAUGAUUGAUGCGAAGCAUCGGUAUGGGAGCAAUCUGAAGUUCUAUUUCCGGGAGUGGAAAGAAGCAGAUACGAAGGACAACUUCUUCAGAUGGCUGGACAGAGGAGAUGGGAAACAUCUCGAUUUGGAGGAGCUACCGCGCGAACGUCUAGAGAAGGAGGUCAUCACGCAAGUCAAUCUUAGGUACUUGUCCGGAGAGCAAAGGCUGAAUUACUUGGUGAAGAUUGAUGAGGAUGGGCUGUUAAGAUGGGUUCACAAUAACGAGCUGGUCGAUACAGCAGCCGGAAGAUGGCGCGACUCGGGCAACGGCACCGGUAUAGUCGAAGACGAGGCCUAUAUCGAGGCUCAUGCCGACUCAAAGCCCGUUUACUCUACCGCCGGAGCCAACUCGACGCCUCGACCCGCGCGCACCGACGGGGAAGGGGACGCCGAUGACUCCGCCUCGAGCGUAUCGUCUGAUUCGUACGGGGCCCUUAGCGAUCUGCAAGAGAAUGAAGCGACGCAUUAUGACGAGUAUAAUCCGGAGAACGAGGGGAACUGGUUGGAGCGGAAAGUCAAGGCUGUGACGCCUGCGGGGAUGAACAAGGAGUUGUUGAGGAAGACACUCAAAGGUAACACCUGGAUAUACGCCAGCGAUAUGAAGAUGAACAUGUUUAUCGGGAUCAAGCAGAGCGGGACGUUUCAACAUUCAUCCUUCACGUCAGGCGGUAAAGUCACCUCGGCGGGUAUCCUUGUGGUUAAACGAGGCCGUAUCACCAAGCUCAACCCCCAUAGCGGGCACUAUCGGAGCACUAUCCAGCACUACAAAGCCUUUAUCGCCCAGCUGGAAGACAAAGGCGCGGACCUAUCGCACGUCAAGGUCGGAAAGAGCGUCCUGCAAAUGUGGGGCCUUGGCCACUAUACCGCAAUCACCAAAGGGCAAAAGACCUUUUUCGAAGAUUUCAAGCGCAAGCUGCACCUGAAGCACGAGUUGAACGAGAUGGAAAAGUCCGAGGCGCUGCAGAAGCGGGUGGAGGAGGCGGAGAAGAAGAAGCAGGAGUCUGGAGAGGGAGAUGGGAAGGCCGGAAAGGUAUGA